AGGCCAUCGACCUCCACCAGGCCGGGAAGGCCACCCGGGAGCGGACUUCCUCGGUCGGCUCUGUUCGCUGGUGACGGACCCCCUGGACCAGUGGCUCGGUGCCGCGCAGAUGAGCAUGACCGUCAAGAUGCUGCUCAUGCUGACGCUGGCCCAGCAGCUCGAGGACGGCAGGCUCGGUGCCGCGGCGCUGGCCCAGAAGGUGGAGUGGAUCAACGAGUUGUGGUAUGCCUUUGACGCCGAGGACGAGGCCGUAGCCAGCAACGCGGCCAGCCUCUGCUCCCAGCUCAAGGAGCGCCUGGAGCGUCUGCCGGAUGCUGUCACAGGUAGCCCAGCUGGCAGCCAGCUGAACUUGUUGAGGAGGUCUGUGAACCAGACUGCGAGCCUCCUGAUGCGGCGAAGGUGAUUGCCCCGGCAUUCGCAAAGGGCAGUCGAAAAACUUUCGUCCUGGGGAUGUAUUUAGGCAGGCAGGUGGUGCGCCCAGAGUCCGGCUUGCAACUCUGCUUGAGCAGCUGCCGGCGCGCCAGCCGAGCGUGUGUGCGCGCUCUGAGCAGUCGACCAGGCGAGGUGCUUCCAGGUGGUCUCGGCGUCGAGUGCCAAGCAGAAUGGUGCUGCCGCGUGCAGUGCUGGCAGCAGUGGUAUCACCAGUCGCCUUUGAGUCACUGCGGUGUAUGAAAAGCGGCACGGUCUGGGACGAGUGCAUGUUCGAAUCCAUGUUGCCGUCCUUUUCGCUCUCGCCCCCUCGCCCGGCGCCUCCCCCGCACCGCUUUCCCCAACUUGCAGCAGGGAGGCCGGACGAGCAGUUGGGCCCCCGGAAGCGUGGGCCACGGGGCCGCUGCCCAGAGGCUCCGCUGGUGAUUUCAGGUGACGGCCGACGAGAGGAGUUGGUCGUGAAGGAGCUCGACGGCCGUGCGGAAUUUGGCCUGCAGGUUGGUCCGACCCGUCGUUUCCUGCGCGAGGGUUGGCACGAUGCUUCCGG